CAAAAAAUAUGUAUCUACAUGCUAUGAUUAUGGUCAUUUAGAACUUGUACGAAGUGGGCAAAAAGCAUCUUCCCCCAUAUGCACCGGAGAGACUGAAGAAUUGACGAAAACAAAAAUGGAAGCUGAUGUGGGAGCGGUGCAGAGUGAAAAUCGAGAAGAAGACAAACAACCUUCAUUACUUGUUAUUGUAGAAGUCAAUUACCUUCCCAAAUCUAAAAUGGAGAUGGAAAGUAUGUCCCACAACAGCAUUUUUUGCUCACUGCUUGACUCUUCGUUACUGCAAGCUACUCUGCUUGCUCACAAAUCUCUUCUUUGGCUCCUAUUUCUGAUUGGAUCUACUAAGCCCGAUGAUAUGCCCAUUUCUUUAGAUCAAAGAUUUCCUUUGGCUGACCUAAUUAAAAUGCAAGAGACCGUUUCUGAGAACAAAGAUGCUGGUGAAAAUGAUGAUGAAGAUGAUGACGAUGGUAAUCAAACAGAUGAUGAGGAUGAUGAAGCCGAGUCAGAAGAAGAGAGUGAUGAUAAUGAGGAUGAUUCCGAUGAUGAUGUUGAAGCUCACGGUGAUGAAGAAAGUGACGAUGUUGAUGAAGACGAUGACGAUGAUGAAGAUGAUGAUGAUGAAGAGGACGACGACGAUGACAAUGACAGCGAUGAGGAUGAGCAGGAGCAGCCACCACCUAAGAAGAAGAAGUGAAAGAAAUUUGGUGUUAACUUUAUUUGUUAAGCUGGGUCAAGGCCUUUUGGGGCAUGAGGAGGAGUCCAAUUAUCCAAGUAAUUCUUUAUCCCCCUAAAUUGGUAGGGAGUCAAGUACUUAUAUUUGUGGAAAGAUCAAUUCAUUCUAGCAAAUACUAAACUAUUUUUUUCAUUUACUGUACUUCCAUUGGUGUUAUGUAGCUCUUCAAAUCCUACAUUGAAAGUUGAAUUAUGUGAAAAAAGUGCUAGGGACAAUUCAUUCAGCCUGAAGCACUUGUUGCACUG